AUGGAAUCCUACGCCAACGGAGCCAAAUUUGAUUGCUUGCUGUUUGACAUGGAUGACACCCUCUACCCACUGAUCUUAGGAAUCAACUUAGCCUGCCGCAACAACAUCCAAGACUACAUGCUGAACAAGCUUCAGAUCGAGGAGAGCCUGGUCCCCAAGAUGUGCCUGGAUCUGUACAAAGAAUAUGGAACUACGAUGGCCGGUCUGAAGCUUAUGGGUUACGAAUUCGACUACGACGAAUUCCACGCCAGCGUGCACGGUAAAUUGCCAUACGAGAAGCUGAAGCCGGACCCUGUCCUGAGGAACCUGCUGCUUUCGAUGCCACAGAGGAAAAUCAUAUUCACCAAUUCUGACGAGGCCCACGCGGCGACCGUCCUGGAGAAGAUGGGGCUGGAGGGAUGCUUCGAGGGGAUCAUAUGCUUCGAGACCCUGAACCCCAAGAAUCCAGGUGACACAGACGCUAGCUCUGGCAAGAGGGUCCUCUGCAAGCCGUCCCUGGAGUCCAUGGAAGCCGUGGUGGAGAUCGCCAAGCUCGACCCCAAGAAGACAGUAAGCAGCACGCAGCUCAGCCAUGGAUUCCCUCGUCGACUCUCCGCGCCGCAGAACUGCAAAGCUACAGUGUUCUUCGACGACAGCCCGCGCAACAUCGCCUCAGGGAAAGCGGCAGGCUUCCAUACCGUCAUCGUAGGGAGCUCGGCGCUCGUGCCCGGGGCGGACGUGGCGCUAGAGAGCAUCCACAACAUCAGGGAGGCGCUGCCGGAGCUGUGGGAGGCGGGCGGCGACCACGUCGAGGCCGCCGUCGACAUCCGGUCCGCCGCCGUGGCCGAGACCACGGUGCUCGCGUGA